AUGGACCAUACAAUUUCACCAUUACAACAAGAAGUAUUGACUAAAUACAAGCAACUUUCCCUGGAUUUGAAAGCGCUGGAUGAAACAAUAAAAGAACUAAACCAUUCGCAACACGGGCAACAGCAGGAACAACAAGAAACUGUAUCAUCCGACGAAAUAUUGCAAGAAAUGAGGGAAAUAGAAGUCAAGAUUGGUUUAGUAGGAACACUGCUGAAAGGGAGCGUAUACUCGCUUAUUUUGCAAAGAAAACAAGAACUAGAAUCUUUGAAUAGCAGCUCUAAUCAAUGA